GUGCAUUCUUGGGGCAUCAGAGCAGCACUCGGAUGAGGGACAGAAGCCUGGGUGACCCACACUGAGCUUGAAGGCUGAAUUACUUCAAGGGAACACAAGGAGAGCUAAGCAGUCACCAUGAAACUUUUCUGGAAAUAUCAGACCCCACUUGGGGGCUGGUGGGGAGUCCUCAAGCUGUGGACCCUAAUAGUCCUUUCUUGUGAUUUCUUGGCAUUGCAUGGAAGUGACGGCUGGACCUACCAUUACUCCGAAAGGCCCAUGACCUGGACCAAGGCAAGAAACUACUGCCAGACACAUUACACAGAUUUAGUCGCUAUACAAAACAAGGCAGAAAUCAUAUACCUGAACGCCACCCUUCCUCCAAGUCGCACUUACUACUGGAUUGGGAUCCGGAAGAUAGGAGGCAUAUGGACUUGGGUGGGAACGAAUAAAGCCCUCACUGAAGAAGCAGAGAACUGGGGCAAAGGGGAGCCCAACAACAAAAAAUCCAAGGAAGACUGCGUAGAGAUCUAUAUUAAGAGGAAGGAAGAUGCAGGCAAAUGGAAUGAUGACUCUUGCUUGAAAUCAAAGGUUGCACUGUGCUACGAAGCUUCUUGUCAGCCUUCAUCGUGUAGUGGCCAUGGAGAAUGUAUAGAAACCAUCAAUAAUUAUACCUGCCAAUGUGAUUUGGGAUACUAUGGUCCCCAGUGUGAGAAUGUGGUUCAGUGUGAGCCUUUAAGGGCACCAGACCUGGGAAGGAUAAACUGCACCCAUCCACUGGAGGACUUCAGCUUCAGCUCCAAAUGUACAUUUAGCUGCUUAGAAGGAAGGUACUUGGUAGGUGCUGAGGAUACAACCUGUGAGGCGUCUGGGAACUGGUCAUCCCUCCAGCCAGUGUGUCAAGUGACCCCCUGUGAGCCUUUGAUGGCUCCAGAACAUGGAAUGAUAGAAUGCAUUCACCCCCUGGGAGAAUUCAGCUUUACCUCCAAAUGUACCUUCAGCUGCUUAGAAAGGAUGGUAUUAACAGGUGCUGAGAAAGCUACAUGUGAAGCAUCUGGAACCUGGUCAUCCCCCAAGCCGACAUGUCAAGGGACUUACUGUGAGCCUUUGACGACACCAGAACUGGGGAUGAUGAACUGCACUCACCCCUUAGGAUCUUUCAAUGUCAGCUCCAAGUGUACAUUCCGCUGCUUAGAAGGAACAUCUUUAAUAGGUGCCAUGGAAACUACAUGUGAAACAUCUGGAAACUGGUCAUCUCCAAAGCCAGUGUGUGAAGGAUUAGGAAAUAUUCUAUCACCCAUCAAAGAAGGUAACUACAAUCCUAUCUUCAUCCCUCUGGGGAUUGUAGUCACUUCUUUCUGUGGGCUGGCAUUUAUCAUCUGGCUGGCAAGGAAGCUAAAGAAAGACAAGAAGUCUCCUAAAAGGCCUGACAUAUACUGAAUUGCUACAUGUGAGAGAAAAACCUAAGAACUAUCAGAUCCUUCAACCAACUUUGUGUAAAAGACCUAGAAGUUUUGGGUGGAGUCGUCUGCAUUGGAGAUGAUAUUGGUGGUGUUUUUCUACAUAUCAAUGAGUCAUCCCCACUGUGUCCAUUUUGAUGUAUACUAUUUUCUUUGGUUAUUAUCUGCAGCCAUAACCCAUAGGUUUGUUACCUUGUAUAUUUUUAUGUCUAUGCAUUUAUAAAAAUCAUUUUGAAUUUCAAGAAGAAGGGGUUAUUUUGAAAAAAUAAAGACUUUCAACUAUGGUCCAAAUGCCAAUUUUACUUUGCAAAUAUAA